AGCCGAGGGAGAGAGAGAGAGAGAGAGAGAGAGAGAGAGCGAGCAAGUGAGGAGGACAGAAGCAACAGAAGAAACAGUAAAACUGCAGCUCGUCCAACUAGCUCAGACCGCACAAGCGCCGACAGAGAGCCGCUCCAACCGGACUGUGAGGCGCGGGGAUGCUGGUUCCUGAGGUCUCCUGCAGAGACCUGUGGACUUAGUUCUGUGUUCAGAGUUGGGAGCAAUGGCCUGAGCAGAGAGAGGUCCAGGCAGGAGGAGCAGGUGAGCAGGAUGAGCAGGAGAGGAACCGGCGAUACAUCAUUAUUACCACUGAGACACUGAGCGGCCCGGAGAGGGGCACGGCCCCCCCGAAGGGUUUGGCUUGCCCUUCAGCCCCUGACAGAGAAAGAGGAGGUGGCCAAGGAGAAGAGGCACGUUGGUUUGUGUGUGGUGGAGCGCCAGCGGACUGAGAGCCAGACCCGACACGGCAAGGAUGAAGAAAUUCAAAGGAGGUUUACGCCUUUGCCUCAAGAGAAGGGAUUGGUUCUAUCCGUAGGUGAACAGCGGAGACGCGCAGACACACACACACACACACACACACACACACACACACACACACACACACAUACACACACACAAACACAAACAACCACACACACAGGCAGCUGUGGUGGCAAACACUGGGAGAAUGACGAAGUUUGGUUGAUGCUGGAACUUGGAAAGAGGAUAAUACUUUUAAGCUCUACACCCUCCAGGGGAAACAGAGUGGAAAUCAAAGGCCCUGGUUGGACCGAAGCUCCCCACUCGGGCUCACCGGCUCCCUGGCGGCGGAAGGCUGAGAUGCAAGCGAGGCUGGCCGCCCAAGCUGUGAGGGGCCCUUGAAUCGCACACGCUGGGACUCUGGGCCCGGCCCUCGUGCUGGUGCUGCUGCCGCUGCUGCUGGGACUGGAGCAUGAGUGCAGGGAGAACCAGCCGCUACAGCAUCGUGUCAUCCGAGGAGGACGGCCUCCGCCUCGCCACCAUGCACGGCAUGAACGGCUUUGGCAACGGCAAGAUCCACACGCGCCGCAAGUGCCGCAACCGCUUCGUCAAGAAGAACGGCCAGUGCAAUGUGCAGUUUGCCAACAUGGAGGACAAGUCCCAGAGGUACAUGGCGGACAUCUUCACCACGUGCGUGGACAUCCGCUGGCGGUGGAUGCUGGUGGUCUUCACCCUGGUGUUUGUGCUCUCCUGGCUGGCCUUCGGCUUGGCCUUCUGGGUCAUAGCACUGCUGCACGGGGACCUGGAUAACCCCGCCGGGGACGACAACUUCACCCCCUGCGUGCUGCAGGUCAACGGCUUCGUGGCCGCCUUUCUGUUCUCCAUCGAGACCCAGUCCACCAUCGGCUACGGGUACCGCUGCGUGACGGAGGAGUGCCCCGCGGCGGUCUUCAUGGUGGUCUUCCAGUCCAUCGUGGGCUGCAUCAUCGACUGCUUCAUGAUCGGCGCCAUCAUGGCCAAGAUGGCGAGGCCCAAGAAGCGAGCGCAGACCCUGCUGUUCAGCCACAACGCCGUCAUCGCCAUGCGGGACGGCAAGCUGAGUCUGAUGUGGCGGGUGGGGAACCUGCGCAAGAGCCACAUAGUAGAGGCACACGUCAGGGCGCAGCUCAUCAAACCUCGGAUCACCGACGAGGGGGAAUACAUCCCCCUGGAUCAGAUCGACAUCAACGUGGGCUUUGACAAGGGACUGGAUCGGAUUUUCCUGGUUUCGCCAAUCACCAUUCUCCACCAGAUUGACGAGGAGAGUCCGCUGUUUGGGAUCGGCAAGCAGGACCUCGAGACGGCCGACUUUGAGAUCGUGGUGAUCCUGGAGGGGAUGGUGGAGGCGACCGCCAUGACGACGCAGGCGCGCAGCUCCUACCUGGCCUCCGAGGUGCUCUGGGGCCACCGGUUCGAACCGGUCCUGUUCGAGGAGAAGAACGUCUACAAGGUGGAUUACUCUCAUUUCCACAAGACCUACGAGGUUCCGUCCACCCCCCGAUGCAGUGCCAAGGACAUCGUGGAGAACAAGUUCCUGGUGCCCAGCUCCAAUUCCAACUUCUGCUACGAGAACGAGCUGGCCUUCCUCAACCGGGAGGAGGAGGAAGAGGAGGACAUAGUGGGAGGAGGACGGGUACUCGCUAACCUCAGUCCAGACCGGAGCAGUAGGCAUGAGUUUGAGCGGCUGCAGGCCAGCAGGGGGUUGGAUCAAAGGUCGUACCGCAGAGAGUCGGAAAUAUGACCCAUGUACCUUUGACCAGGGGGAGGUCGACUUUUUGAUACCUUUCUCUGUGAAAAGGGAAAUACGCAGAACAAUGCAAAAGUGCCAUAGGAAAAGCUGACAACUGUGAAGAGAGUUGAAUAGAAGUAGGACAAGAGGGCAAGGGAAGGGACCUACUUGGAGGGAAUGGGGGACCAAGAGUGCUCAGCGGAGGGAACUGUUGUAGAGAAUGUCAACAAUCAAAGGAAAAGGCCGGAGAAAGACCUUAUUCCUUCAUGGAAACUUGAAUCAUUUUUUCAUACAAUUAUUUUUGAGUUUAGAGUGUCGAAUGAUCAAAAAUCUAUUAGGAAAAAUAAAUGUAUAAUCAAAUAUUAGUUGUAAAUACAUUACUUAGGUAAGUUAUGUAUUGUGUGGAUCUUUUUUGUUUUUCAAGAAACAACAAACUUCUUAGCAAUUGAACAUGCUUUUAGGGCGUGGCCGCACAAUUGAUAGUGUUGAUAGACAUGAUGCAUCCUCAAAGCACAUUGAUGGAAAUCACUGAAGCCACGGUUUCGAUGGUACAUUGAAAAUGUGUGAAUUAUGAUUCCAAAACCUACUGUUGUAAUAAGAGUGACAGCAAAUGCACUUUUUUCAAAUCUGUAUAAAUCAUUUGCCUAACCUGUAUAGUUUAACGAUCUGACCGUUUUUUUAAAUGAUCUCCCAAAAUAUACCUUAUGGCCAAUUUAAAGUCACCCAUUACCCUGUGAUUGUAUCACCAUGUACACGCUUUUCAGUGGUCAGGCAACACAAUACCCAAAUAAUUGUGCAUAUACUAAAAAGUAGAUUAGAACAUGGGUAGGUUCAUACAAUCGCAUACAAACACCUAUAGUUCUUCAAACAUCUAAACACAUAGCUUUUACACAAACCAUGAUCAAUAUUUAAACCGAAGCAAUGUAUUACUCCUGAAACAUGUACCUUUAUUGUCGUUAGGUUUUCUAGAUGAUUUGUUCUUCUAGCUGAAUGUGACCAAAAGAUGGUUAGGUAAUCUUUCAGAGUUCCUUAGAAAAUUCCUCAUCAUUCCUGAUGAUGGAUUAAAGACUGUAUAAAACUUGAUAUAUUUUAAUGACACUUCAUAUUUUUCUUCUCCUGUAUAAAACAAAGAAAUCUAUGCAUAUAGUUAAUAUCAGGGGACAGACAUUCUACAGAUUUCCGUUGGAGCACGAUUUGGGGUGAAAGAAGCAGGUGUGAGGAAAAAUAAUGCCUAUGGCCUAAUUGAAGAGAAUAUGUAGAAAAAACAUAUUUUACUCCAUUUUGAAGAAAUCAACCUAAAUGAACAUUCAUUAUUGGAUUAUUUUAGAAUGCAUCAGAAUGAAUACAAUAUGAAUCUGUUUCUUCUUAAAAUAUUACACAGGUUACGUUCAGGCAAAAUUUGAAGAGGACUAUACAAACGAUAAACUUUAAAUGUACUUGAAAUGCUUUAAUGAAAAUUUGCUGCAAGCGCAACAGAAAAGUUGAAUACAAAAUGGCCGGAUGUUUCUGGAAACAGUGUUUCUGCAUGGUUGCACACCUUCAUUUUUCAAGCAUUGCAGAAAAUAAUUCAUAAUAGUCUGUGUUACAAAACACAGCCAAUAUGCCGUUACUUAUUAUUUCCAUAAAACAUCUAGAAUUAAAAAGGAGACGCAAAUGAAUUAGUGAGCAAGAGAUUAUGAACACUUAAAAGGCAUUAGAAACGUUUGAAUCAUUCAAAUAUAAUGAAUCAAGGCCACAUUUCAUCCACCUCUUUAUCCCUUUGGCAGUGAAGCCCACAGUGAAAGGUGUAGCAAAGAUAACAUGAGGUGGAGAUACACAGCUUCUACAACUUAACACGCUCCAAAUGGAAGGUGAAUACUUAAGCAAUAAGAAAGGCAGGUAUUGAUUUUGAAUUAUCAAAGAAUUAUCAACACAUCAUGCCGUUUACUAAUUGUCAACUGAAAAGUAACAACUCAACAACAAUAGGCUUUCUCGUUGAACAGUAUUUGAUAUUUGCACACAAAGAAGAAUAUUUUGUGCACUUAUAUUACACAAGAAUAUCAAAUUUUAUAACUGGACUGACAAUAUUUAUUUUCAUUUUGCAUGACUUGAAAUGCAAAUAGCCAUUUUUAGAGUUGCAAAUUCAACAGGUUUCCUUAACAUACACUUAUUUUGGAUUUAAAUUAUAAUUAGUGGAAAAUGGAAAGCAGUUCAAAAUAAAUGUGAAAGUUUUAUUCUGUUUACUAUGAACUAUGCCAGGACUCUCUUCAUUUAGUCCUCAGCAUAGUCAGUAGCAUUUAGUUUUUUUCAUGAUUCUAAACAGCUGCAAUUCACUGAUAAAUACACAAAUGCUGUUUCAGAAAAUGCACUGAGCCUUAUUUGUGUCACAUCUUAAAGAAUUUCAAUAUUUCCACUUCCCUGGGUAACAACAACUUUGUCUACUUGUUGUCCCAAAACGCAUAAAAAAGUUAUAAAAAGAAAGAUAAUGGAAACCAUUUCAAGUCAUUCAGCAGGCUAUACUGAAAAAACCCUUUCAUAUUUUCCCCUUAUUAUAUAUAUUUUAUAUUUUAAAGGGAUUGCUUAUCUCAAUGAUAUGCUUUCAAGGAUAUGUUGCUUUUUUUUGCUUUUUUUUAAUUUUUAGGAUGCAGCUCAAUACAUGAACAUUCAACCUGAAUAAAUAGCUUUCUGACCCCCAUACCUAAACACUGCCUUCUGGGAAGGCCCCCCUUGUUCUGAUGUGUAAAACCUAUGUAUCAAUUCCAAAAAUAUAAAUAUAAAUCGUGUUAAAAAACUGUAAAAAUAUCAUCAGCUUCUAUGCUGCGUCAUCUAAACUCUUUGUUUAAUACUUCCUUAUUUAUUUAUUUACUUUUAAAACGGUUCUAGUUUGACAGUGAAGUUACCCACCUGAAACCCUGACAUACCCUUUCAUUUCAGCACUUACAUGUCUUACUUUCAGAUCAAACAUUGUUAGAAAUAUCUAUCCUUUUAUAUACUGACACAGUUGAUAGAAAAUCGUUUACGAGAGACAAAAGAAAUGUUAUUAUUGUCACGGGGUGUCAUUGAUUAAAUUAACUUUUGUUUGAUUUCAGCACAGAAUCUUGUGAUUAAACAAGUAUUUCUCUUAAAGGGAUGACUGGUAAAACUUUGACCUCUGUAGAAGUCUUCCUAUGCUCAGCUUAGAUGUAUGGCUGGUGUUUUUUUAUUUUAAUCGAUAAUGCAAAGUCAAUUAAAUUAUUGAAUCAUUAAA